CUGGAGAAAAACGCUCGCAACACACGGGGAGGCUGCAGCUCGGCCAAUCGCAGCGCGCAGCAUGCAGCAGAGGGGCGGGGCGCGCGUCGGAGCAGCACAGCAGAGAGCACCAACCUACCUACAUGCUUAUUGUGUAAAUCUUUAAAAAGCAAUUAGCCGCAGCAUCAUCUAAACCAUACUCCUCUUCACACAUUGGCAGUGUGACAUACACAUCCUGGGGGAAAAGUAGAGUCUUCCAUCGUCUCCAAAAAGCAGGCACCAUCAUCAUCCUCCAACCAUGACUGACAGGAAAGCAGUGAUCAAGAACGCAGACAUGUCCGAGGACAUGCAGCAGGACGCGGUGGACUGUGCCACCCAGGCCAUGGAGAAGUACAACAUAGAGAAGGACAUCGCAGCCUACAUCAAGAAGGAGUUUGACAAGAAGUAUAACCCAACCUGGCACUGCAUCGUCGGCAGAAACUUUGGCAGUUACGUCACCCACGAGACAAAGCACUUCAUUUACUUCUAUUUGGGCCAAGUGGCCAUCUUGCUCUUCAAGUCUGGCUGAGAAGUUUUCCGAUUGGUAUGAGGAGUUUUUCUCCCUGAACCUAAAUCGGAAAAUGCACUGGUGGCUGAUGUCUCCCAUACACUAAUAACGACAUACCAUAACGAUGCAAAACCGGCCGUGCGCAUUUGCAUGGACUAUACAAUAUUUAAUAUGUAUGUUACAGUAAGUUUUCUUUUUCGGUAGUUGCCAUUUGAAUGCAACUGAAGUAGUUUUCGUUGAUGCUGUUCGAAUUCUAGGUUGUAAAAGAUUUCAAAGUGGCCCUUGAUUGUAUAAUAAAGGAAAGCUAUAGAAUGUAGUGGUGCAUCUGCUUUCCUUCACAAAAGGCAUUGCCAGCCCUGUGAUGAGAAUCCAUCUGUCAGUUUAGAUGGUCAAAUCAUACUGUGUGCACCAGUUUAACAAUCCACCAUCAUGACUUUAUGCUGAUCAUGUAAAGGGGGCAAAAAAAGUUGUAACUCACUCCAUGGCCUUCUAUGGCCUCAAGAAGGACAUACUGCAUGUGAUCCCUUUAUUACCUUAUAUUCAUAAUUUAAGAAUUGUUUUUGGUUGUAAAUGCAAAACCUUUACUGUUUUCACUUAUGAUUUAAAAUAAUGUUGCCCAACAGAUGUGGAAUUUUUAGCAGCCGCUUUCUGAUAAAGAUGUCACGAUAUCCAACAUGCUUGACAUUUUGGAACCAACACAAGCCAGUGCAAUCAUUUCCAAGGACAUAGUUCGUCCGCUCUUAAAUUUUCACUGUGAAGGACAAUGGAGCAAAUAAAGCUCACACACAAACACACACAGACCUUAGUCUUCUAACGUCAGAGUAGAACACUACAGACUGGUUACCAAAAUCUGCUAACUCACCUUCUUAGAUUUCAGUCUAACAGUUCUGUGUUUGCAUGUUUAGAGGAUUCCUACCAUUUCUUUAACUAUCGUCAGACAAGAACGAAAGCUAAUCUUGAAGCUAAAUAACUUUUGAGUGUGUAGAUAUUGGACUGAAACAUGUGAUGUCUUGUCCCAUUGAUUGCUAAGAAGCAGCGGUCAGGCGGUGACCGAGAUGAAAACAUCUGCAGUCAACUCUACCAAGGCUUAAAACGCUCAUGUGUUUCUGAUGGUUGUGUUGUCUUGUGAUACUUUCAAGUUGCGUUACCCCCACCAGCCUUUGUUUUAGUAUUGCUUGUGUACUGCCAGACAUGCAGGAAAGUAACGGCAAUCAGAGUCAGGACUUCUGGAGAAACUGCACACAGUUUGACCCUCUGUCUAGCACACUGACUUUGGGUUGUCAUUUUGUCAUGUCAGUUUAAGGAGUUUGAAGAAAUGGCAAUGCGAGGCAUUUAGUUUGGAUGAGAAGGUGUUCUCUGUGAGGGUAGAUUGGAGGGAUUUAGUCUGUGGCGCUGGAUAACACUACACAUUUAUUUGUAAAGACUAAACUAGGAUUUUCUCUCCCAUAAGCCAACAAUGGUAUAAUGUGUGUCUCUCAAGUGUUAGCUUGGAUGGACAUUGUUUUUGCAGGGAAGUCUUCCUAACUAUUGUCAAUGUAAACUGAUUUUGGUUUGUUUUCCUCUGGCAUGUAAUUUUGCUGUGUAUAUGUAAGAGCCGUUCUAAUGCUGUUAAAUUUGCACAAAAUGUGUGCCUGUCAUUGCUCUCAACUGUAACCGGCUUGGGUACAAUUGCACUUCAUUAGAGUUAUCCAGUAGGUUGCUACAGAACCAAAAUCGUACAAACUCGAUAAAAUAAAAACUAAUUGUUGACUUAUUA